UACAUUAUUGUUACAGAGAACAAGAUAAUUUUAUUUGAGUAUUUAAAACAAUAAGUUGCAAAUAGUGUUACUUUAAAAACAUGUCUUUGAAUAACCAGCCGUGUCGUGUUUGGAGUCGUUUCGAACGGAAGAAAAAAGAUGGUAGCGUUUUAAAAUUCCGUAUUCAAGAUCCACCAGUUUCAGCUCAAGACGGUGUUAAAGAUUUUAUAGUUAAAUAUUUUCUGACAGAAGAGACAUUUCAAAAGGCAGCAGGUAUAAGUUCCAACCCAGAGGCAGUAGAAGAAUAUCAAGGAAUUUUAGAAGAAUUAAUAAAAUUAUGGAUAGUUGUAAUUUGUUGUUAUGAUAAUGAUAGCGAAGAGGUUGGUGAUAUUCUCGGUGUUUCGAUAGUAGAUUUGUUUGAAGACGAAACAUUUGAUGGAGAAGUGUUACAGAUAGAAGAAAACCGGAAAUUAUUUUAUAUAGUAGGAGUGUGCGAAAAUUUAGUUCAACCAUUAAUGAAAGGCCUUAAAGGCUAUCACAGUGGGAGGGGAAUCACCGUUCAUCCUGACUGUAGAGGUCUUGGUAUCGCAACUGAAUUUGUGAAGAUAAGACGACAAAUGAUAAACGAACAAAAUGUUCCAAUGUCGUGUGCGUGGAUGACGUCAUACGGUUCUCAAAGAGCAGCAGAGAAAGACAACUGGGAGACGUUGUUUGAGAUAGCACCUGAAGAACUGGGACAAAAGUGCGGUGUAGUCUUCAAAGAUUCACCUCGGACGUUUAAAUUAAUGUUUGUAAGGAAUUCUAACAGUACUAAGCAGUGUUUGAUUUGA